UGCAUAAGAAAUUGGAACAAGGGGAAGAUCUGGGUGAUUCUUUUUGUACCGCCGUCAGCUUGGCUAUCGAUCAUUCGUUCGGCGGCAUUUUCCCGAGAAUCAAACAAUCCCGUUGGAUAAUUUGUUUGGCGGGAAAAGUUCUUAAAAAGGAAAAUUGAGGCGGCAUCUGGUUUCUACUUUUAUCGGAUCAGUAGAAGUAGAACGUACUAAGUUUUUGUAUCUGUAACAAGUUUCCGAUCCUCUAAGAAUCACUGUCAUGGCUGAUGUCCUUCCGUCGUGUCGGUCACCGGCGGCGGACGAGCUGUCGGCGAAAGAAGAGAACGUCGAUGGUUCAGCAAUGGCAGUUGAUUCAGACGUGAAUUUUGAAGCCGAGGUUAUGAAGUUACGAGGUCAAUGGGAGUUGGCAUCGGUUUUGAACUUCUUGAAUGUUUUCGAGCCGUUAAUUGGGAAAAGCUUGAGGAUAUCGGCUGAAGAUAUUGAGAAGGGUUUGAUAAAGCCCGACAGUUCAUUAGCUGAACUCCACAUUGUUCUUUUGAAGGGUAUCCUACCACCUGUAGGUAAAAUGUUAAAUGGUUCUAAUGCAUGGGUGACCGUACUUUGUAAGAAGCUCGCCCAAUGGUGGCCUUGGGUUGCUGAAGGGGAAAUUCCAAUUAAGGCCUUUAAAGGAGAGGAGAUAUCAAAUUACAAGAAUCUUGAUCCGACAAAACGCUUACUGCUUCUAAAAGCUCUAUGUCAAAUUCGAGCUGAUCAAGAUGAUGCAGUAUCAUAUAUUAGCGACUGCUCGAAAGAUAAAACUCAAAUAUCUUGUUUCCAGAAAGAUAAAUUUGGAGGAGAUGGAAAUGGAGUUUCCUAUUGGUAUGAUGGGAAUCCAUUUGUUGGUUAUAGACUAUACAGGGAAGUUAUCAAAUCUGAUAGAAAGAAAAAAGGUAAACAAAACGGAAGUGUUUCCCUUCCAAAGUUUAGCACUCGAUGGGAAACAAUGGCCACAAAUCUCGAGGAAUUUCAUAAAGUUAAAGACAACCUUUUAUGCAGCAAGAUCAGCAGUGAAUUUGCUGUUGGAAGGAAAAUUGAAUCAGAUGCCAUUCCCGUUCUUGAGAAACUUCGGAAGAACCAGGAAAGGUCAUUGAAACGCAAGCAUAGAAAGAGCAUGCUCUUGAAUGGCUUUAAGAAGCCCUGCGUAGUUGGAGUUACUCGCACUUGUCGGAUUCGUGCACCUGUGAACUAUACAUUUGAGGAGUACAAUCGGGCUAUUGAUGACGCCAUAGGGAUAUCUAGGAACGUGAAAAAAACUGAUGAAAAAGAGGAAGGGAUGAUGCAUCACAAGCGCAAUAGAACAGAUGUUUCUACUAGUGGGAAAUCAGUGGAUGCCUGUGGAAACAGCGACGAGUGCAGCAAUAAUGACACUGGAAGCAACACAACCAAAGAAACUGAUCUUGACAGCGCUGCUCACAUUGAUAAGAAGAAUUAUGAGGACAACGACGACAGAAGCAACGAUUUCGAUUCUGAUAAUUUCGAUGCAGAAGAGAAGAAUGAAAUGCUUCAAUCCAAAGAGCCUGCAGGAGAAGUGUGCAGUAGGAGGGUGGAUACAAGCAGGAAGCAUCAUGUUAGUAAUGAAAUUACAAAGGUGGGUGCCAAAAGUAGGCUGAGACAAAGACCAGUUCUUAACUCUGCCCUUGGAAAUUGAUACUGCAUCUUGAAGAGCAUCAUGCAUGCCGGCCGCUACAACAAUUGGGUCAGUGAAUCGAGCACGGGCGUUUAAGCUUAUGACUUCCAGGCAGGUAGUAUAUCAAUUACUGUUAAGUUAAUCUAACAUUUUAUGAAUAGUCUUAAGUAAAUUUUUAGAUGGAUAUCGACAUUUAUUAAUUAAGUUUAGUUUAACUUAUCAUUUCGUACCUACCAAGCUGAGUAUAAUUCAACUUGUAGAAAGUUUGAAUUUUUAACAAAGACUUGAAAUUCAAAAUUUUCAUUUUGUAUAUUGAAAGGGUUCGCUUUGACCGUUAAGAGUAGGUAACCCGUUUUGUUCUCUA